AGAGAUAAAAUUGUGUAUAAAUUAAGCGAUUGUCGGAGUUUAGUAUUUAGUUGAAAAAUAUCAGAGUGUAGUGUGCACGGAACAGUCUCUCACUUGAUUUCGCCUCGUUGCUGAUAAGAGGUCGAAAUUGGUUUGUUAAAUAAGAAGUUCAAUUCAAAAUUAAAAUGCAGAAGAUUUCUGCGGUAGUGAGUUUUUUGGCUGUCUUGAUCAGUUGUGUAAGCGGCGAAUGUUUUUACACAAUCGUCGCACCAGAGAACAUUCGGCCACAUUCAGACUAUCGCAUUGCAGUGACACUUCACAAUGACGUGGUUCCGGUUACUGUACGCUUCACUAUCACAGAUGGACUAAGUUACGCCAUUUCCGAAACGGUCAACAUCAACAGCAAUCGCACAGAAUUAGUGACCCUGCGCAUUGACGAUCUACCGCUGUCAGGCUACAAACUUGUUGCCGAAGGCCUGUCAGGCGCAACGUUUAAAAAUGAAUCGAAUUUGAAAAUCGAAUCGAAACAGGUGUCGAUUUUUAUUCAAACGGACAAAUCAAUCUAUAAGCCAGGCGAAUCGAUCAAAUUCCGUGUGUUGGUGCUCGAUUCGGCAUUGAAACCAGUUUCGUUGGCCGAAAAUCAAUUGCUUGACAUUCAUUUCGUCGAUCCGCAAAAGAAUCGCAUCAAGCAAUGGCUUCACGUUAUUCCAAUUAAGGGUGUAUUUACGAGCGAAAUCCAAUUGUCCGAAUUGCCGAUAUUGGGAACGUGGCAAUUUAAAGCCAACAUUGGCAAAGACUCCAAAACAAAAUCUGUCGACGUGGCUGAAUAUGUGCUGCCGAAAUUUCAAGUCGACAUCGAUUGUCCGACAGAAUUUUCUGUCAAAGAUGGUACCAUACGCGCGAUCAUUCGAUCGAAAUACACGUAUGGUAAAUUGGUGAAGGGCGAAGCUAUCAUCAAGGUAUCCCAAAAAUCUAAUUUCGGUUACUACGGGCAACCAACCGGUAAAAUUGUUGGUACGAAAGCAUCCAUCAAUGGCAAAGCAUCGGUUGAAUUCGAUAUUGAACGAGAUUUGGGAAUUCAGUUUGCUGACAUGCAGGAUGACAUGGUCAUUUAUGAUCAAACGCAUUCGUUCGAUAUCGAAGCUACGGUUGUGGAAGAAUUGACCGGCCGCAAUCACAGUGCAUCGAAAAGGAUCACCAUACAUCAAUCGCGAUAUAAAAUUACGACAGCCGAUGUGAAACGCACGUUCGUUCCAGGAGAGCCGAUAUCAUUUUCGCUUGUCGUAGCGCUUCAUGAUAAUUCGCCAGUUUUGAUAAACGAAAUGACGAAAUCGAUAACAGUUGCCAGUGUCAAUAAUAGACGAUUUUCAAAAUCCCAACGUAUUAUUGAGUACUCAUUCGAAUUGGAUUCCAACGGAACAGCUGAAAUAACUAUACCAACAUUGGCGAAUGACACAGGGUUUUAUUUACAAAUAAGAUAUAUGAGUGAAUUGACUUAUUUGGACUACUUCUAUACACAAGACCCUGGUAAACCAUCCGCUUUGGAGGUGAACGUUUUGACAACACGGCCAACAUUGGGCGAAAAUAUAAUUGUUGAAGUCAGAUCGAAUGAGUUCCUGCAAAAUGUCACCUACAUUGCGAUUGCCCACGGAAAAAUCAUGAACGCGAAAAGUGUUGAUGUGCCAGAUCUGAAAAGUUACUCCUUCAAAAUCAGAGCCACAUUCGAUUUGGUACCGAAAGUAACAAUAAUCGUUUAUCGAUUCAAAAAUGACGAUUUUGUAGCGAAAAAAGUCGACGUCGAAAUAAGGGAACAUCUCAAUAAUUUUGUCAAAUUGAAGCUAUCGACGGGCGAAACUCAACCGGGCCAGGAGGUUGGCAUCGAAGUGAUUACGAAUCCAGAAUCGUAUGUUGGUUUGAUGGGCGUCGAUCAGAGUGUGCUGUUGCUCAAGAAAAAUGAUGGACUCACCAAAGAAAAUGCAUUCGAAGAGAUGGAGGACUAUCAAGAGCAAUUCUUCAAUGCUGGCCCAGGACCAUGGACUGCUCCAGAGCAACCAUACAGAAACGACUUUGCAAUGUUCAGGCAGAGCCACGUCAUAUUGUUUACCAAUGCGAAAAUUAAGCGACGAUAUCAGUAUGAGAAUCAAUACUCCGCUGGUAUAAUGUAUGAUGAAGUCAGUUACAGUUCGUCGCCGCUUGAACGACCACCUGAAAAUCCGGUCGAACCGCCACGCAUCAGAACCGAAUUCCCCGAAACAAUUUUCUGGGAAGAUUUUAACAUCACCGAACCAGACGGCAUUCUGACAAUCAGUAGAAAAAUGCCCGAUACGAUAACGUCAUGGGUGAUCAGUGCAUUUUCGGUGGACCCGAAAACUGGUUUGGGUCUGACCAGAGAACCCAAAUCGCUGAAAGUGUUCCAACCGUUUUUCAUCUCACUGAAUCUGCCAUUUUCGGUGAAGCGUGGUGAAGUCGUUGCGGUGCCGGUGGUUUUAUUCAAUUACAUGGACACAAAUGUCGUGGCCAAUUUAAUUCUGCACAACGAAAAUGGUGAAUUUGAAUUUGUCGACGAUGAUCGGAGCAAUCAAAGGUCACGUCAUCGCCAGGUGGACGUUGCGUCCGACGCGGGAAUUGCAUCCACAUUCCUCAUUCGAUUCACUGCAGUCGGUCAAAUUCCGUUGAAAAUUAGCGCAACGUCGGCAAUUGCUGCCGAUGCGAUUGUUCGCAUCUUGCAAGUGGAUCCCGAAGGUGUCCCGCAAUACGUUAACAAAGUGUCGUUCAUUGAUCUGCGCAACACGAAUCAUCUGGAUAUCACUGAAACGAUCGAUGCUCCGGCUAAUGCCGUUCCGCAGUCGCUUAAAAUCAAUGUCAAUGUCAUCGGGGAUUUGCUCGGCGGAACGAUUGAAAAUUUACAUCAAUUAAUUCGGUUGCCUACUGGAUGCGGCGAACAAAAUAUGCUGAAAUUCGUUCCGAACAUUGUGGUUUUGGAUUAUUUGCAUGCGGCUGGCAAUGUUGACGAAAAAGUCAAGGAUAAAACCGUAAAAUUUUUGGAGAGCGGAUAUCAACAGGAAUUAAAGUAUCGCCAUCCUGAUGGUUCGUACAGUGCGUUUGGUGGCUCGUAUGGAUCAGGUGGCAGCACUUGGCUGACUGCUUUUGUGGUGAAAUCGUUCAAACAAGCCGAAAAGUACAUCGAUAUUGAUAGCAAAGUGAUUGACGAAGGUUUGAAUUAUCUUCAGUCAGUUCAAGAUGGAAGCGAUGGCAGUUUUCCGGAAAACGGUUACAUUUUGGAUCGUAAAAUGCAAGGAGGAUCGAACAAAGGCAUUGCAUUGACUGCGUAUGUGGCUAUUACAUUCUUGCAAAAUGAGGAACAGAAUGGAAUGCAUCAAGAUAUAAUUCGCAAAGCCAUUGACAACGUUGCGACGAAUGUCCACGAUAUUGAUGAUGUGUACACUCUCGCAAUUACUGCGUAUGCUCUUCAAUUGGCCGGUCACGUAAUGAAAGAUGAUAUUUUAGAUAAACUUGUUGCUAAGGCUAUUGAGAAUGGUGGUCACAAAUGGUGGACCAGAGCGAAGCCCGGCUCGCAAUUCGAUGAUUCUAAAUCAAUUGACGUUGAGAUAACUUCGUACGGUGUUCUUGCACUGAUAGCAGCCAAUCGGAACACUGACGCGUUUCCCUUCUUCAAAUGGUUGCUGGCGCAACGAAAUGAUCGCGGCGGUUUUGUCGGCACCCAAGACACUGUGCUUGGAUUGGAAGCACUUGCCGCUUAUGGGCGACUCUUAUCCAGCAAAAACUCCGACGUUUUACUGAAAUGCAGAACGAAUAUCUCCGAUGAACAAUCGUUUUCCGUGAAUGCAGAAAACGCAUUUGUUUUGCAAAGCGUCGAUUUACCGCCGUACACAGAGUCGGUGCAUGUAACCGCCUCUGGAAAGGGAUUCGCUAUAUUCCAAGUGUCUUAUCGAUAUAACGUGAACGAAAAGGAUCUGCGUUCAGUAUUCACAUUGACACCAACGGUGCUGGAAACAACGACACCCGCCAUUUUGAACGUGAAAACAUGUGCAAGUUUCAAUCCGGAAACGGAAGACGAUAAAUCGAAUAUGGUGAUAAUGGAGGUGGCAAUGCCGAGUGGUUAUCUCAUCGAAAAGGAUCAAUUGGACAAGUUGAUGGCAAAACCUAAUGUUAAAUUAGUGGAAACGAAACGGGGUGAAACGGUUGCCGACAUUUACAUCGAUCAAAUGACCCCGAACGAACAACUUUGCUUCGAAGUUCAAGGGUAUCGAUCGCACAAAGUCGCCGAAAAUAAACCGGUUCCAGUGCGAAUCUAUGAUUACUAUGAUGACUCUCGAAAUGCACGAGAGUUUUAUCAAAUUGCAUCUGUCGGAUCUUGUGAAAUCUGUGACGGCGAUGAAUGCUCACGGUCAUGCGAUUCGAAGUGAGUGAAGACACCAAUGAGGUUUGACUGCAGAGCGGUAUACCACCCUUGAAUGGUAGGAUGGCAUGCACAAUCUUUAAUUUAAAAUGUAGAUUUUCAUGAAGCGAAAUAAUAAUUUUGUU